AUACCCUGAGCAAUCAUGCUUGUUGCUCUCCGGCAGAGGCUUCCUUUCCUUGUGGAUGGAGGAACAGGUGAAAGCGAGAGCAGAGGCCUGGCUGCAGUGAACGAUGACCUCAGGAACCUGUCCCUGUCCGGCCACGUGGGCUUCGACAGCCUCCCGGACCAGCUGGUCAACAAGUCAACGUCGCAGGGCUUCUGCUUCAACAUCCUGUGCGUGGGUGAAACUGGCAUCGGCAAGUCAACGCUGAUGGACACUCUGUUCAACACCAAGUUCGAGAGCGAGCCCGCCACGCACAACGAGCCCGGCGUCAGGUUGAAAGCCCGGAGUUACGAGCUCCAGGAGAGCAACGUCCGUCUGAAGCUGACCAUUGUGGACACGGUGGGCUUUGGCGAUCAGAUCAACAAGGAUGACAGCUACAAGCCUAUAGUAGAAUACAUUGACGCACAGUUCGAAGCCUACCUGCAGGAAGAGCUGAAGAUCAAGCGGUCCCUGUUCAACUACCACGACACGCGGAUCCACGCCUGCCUCUACUUCAUUGCUCCCACCGGACACUCCCUCAAGUCCCUGGACUUGGUCACCAUGAAGAAGCUGGACAGUAAGGUGAACAUCAUCCCCAUCAUUGCCAAGGCUGACACCAUUGCAAAGAACGAGUUGCACAAGUUCAAGAGUAAAAUCAUGAGCGAGCUGGUCAGCAACGGCGUCCAGAUCUACCAGUUCCCGACCGACGAGGAGACGGUGGCCGAGAUCAAUGCCACCAUGAGUGUCCACCUUCCUUUUGCCGUGGUUGGCAGCACCGAAGAAGUGAAGAUCGGCAACAAGAUGGCGAAAGCCAGGCAGUACCCCUGGGGUGUCGUGCAGGUUGAAAAUGAAAACCACUGUGACUUUGUGAAGCUGCGGGAGAUGCUGAUCCGAGUGAACAUGGAGGACUUGAGGGAGCAGACACACACCCGGCACUACGAGCUGUACAGGCGCUGCAAGCUGGAGGAGAUGGGAUUCAAGGACACGGAUCCGGACAGCAAGCCUUUCAGUCUCCAAGAGACUUACGAAGCAAAGAGGAAUGAAUUCCUGGGCGAGCUCCAGAAGAAGGAGGACGAAAUGAGGCAGAUGUUUGUCAUGCGAGUGAAGGAGAAGGAGGCAGAGCUGAAGGAAGCAGAGAAGGAUCUUCACGAAAAGUUUGACCAUCUAAAGAGGACUCACCAAGAAGAGAAGAAAAAGGUGGAAGACAAAAAGAAGGAACUUGAGGAAGAGCUGAACAACUUUCAGAAGAAGAAGGCGGCAGCUCAGCUAUUACAGUCACAGGCUCAGCAGGCAGGUUCUCAACAAACCAAGAAAGACAAGGACAAGAAAAACUUCUUCUUUAUGUAACCGUCACCUUGCCAAAGCCCCCACACCCCCUCUCCCAGUGGACCGUAGGGCACUGGAAGAGCCGCGGAUCCAGGCACCCCUGCCAGGAGAAGAGCCAUCUCAUUCCUCCAUCACGUCUGCCCUCCUCUCCUUCCCCCUUUGUUCCCACCUGUCUGAGGGUGUGCUGUGCUGUGUGUCUGUGCGGGAUCUGCCCGCUCCCGGCGCGCCUCCGACAGCGUCCAGGCUUCCAGCACUGCCAGAGGGAGCGGCUGCCGGAGGAGCUCGGCCACACUGUGACUCAUUGCUCUGGGUUAGUUGGACUUUUUUGCCUCCCUCCCCAUUUUCUUUUGCCUUAACAUGCACACACUGCUGGUGACACAUAGAGUGACAGACUGGGGGUGAGUGUGUGUAGCUGGAGGAUUUAAUUUCUGCCUCAAGCCUGGCUGCUUUGGACACCACAGCUUCAACUCAAGGGCAUCCUGUGCUCCUCUGGCAUGGCUGGAAAUCUCUCCAUAGACCUGGUGAUGUUCUCAGUGUGUCACUGUGUGAAGAUGGCAUCCUGUGGCACUGAUGGAGCCUGUCCUGGACAGUCAAGGCUUUAUUUUCUGGCUGUGUCUCGCUAUGGGCAGAGCAGGAUUCUGGUUUUCUACAGCUGAGCUGCACUGGCCUGUACUUAAAUCGAGGACUUCAUUUUGUUUUCAUGAAGCCUAAUUAGUGAUUAUUUUUUUAACAGUCCUGAAUGUAGGCAAGUUGUUAAAAUUUCUACCUUGUUUACUUUGGAAGUGAACUCAAUUGAAAAGCUUGACAAGUGCCAAAGAAUUGCUUGAAGGUAAAAACAAAACCUGUAAAUGUGUGUAGUGACCUCCAGCUGGUUUGGGAUGGAUGGAAGGAGGCAGCCUGAGCCUCUUGGGACGUUGUUUUGUGUAGAGUGAUGCACUUUUAUUUUUAACCGAAUACUAGUGAUUUAUUCUUUGCAUCUGUGAACCUUAAUCAAGGAAUUCCCUUUCUUUAGCCUGCCAAGGUAUAGAUACCCUGAGUUGGUCUAGGUUUGGCCUCUGGCAAUCAGUGUGUGACAUGGCAGCUCUGAGGGGUCUGCUGAAAUCUGCUGGCGUUUUUUUCAGAAGCAAAGUGUUUUGCAGCACACUUCAGUGAUAAGGGUCAGCUCCAUACAGCCAGAUGGAAGGAAAACUGCUUGUCUUGGAAACAUUUGCAACCAAAGAAGCAACUUUAUAGAUACACUCAAAGGUUAUUGAGUGUUGGCCUCAUGUGUGCUGUACCCACUUGCCUGGUAUGUAGCUGGACUUGCUGGCUGUUGCCCAGCCUGAAGGGCUGUGAAUAUUUGCACAAGUGUAGCUUGGGACAGCAUUUGCAGUGAUACCAAAACCAGAGCUUGCCCCACUCUCGAGGCUGCAGGGGCCUCAGGUGGCACCCAGUGCCUCCCACCAGAUGGCCAGGUCUGAAACCUGUUCAGCUCAGCCUCCCGAGCACAAAGCAGGGUUGAGGCCAUUGCUGCAUUAAACCUUGGCUGAGUCCAUCCCUCUCUUGCUCUGCAGAACUCUGUGGGUGUUUGUCUUAGCUGGGAACCACCACUUGCAGGAUGGGAUCCCUGCGUGCCCUGGGCCACCCAUCCCUACCAAAAAGCCAUGGCUUGAGCCACACAUUUUCAGAAAAGGAAAAUGGGUAACCAUGCAGCCUGAAAAUGAGGACUAACCAUGCAGCCAAGGGCUGCUGGGGCUCAGGGAACGCUGGUGCUGGAGCCCCCCUGUGCCUCAUGCAGGCGAGUGUCCCCCUGGCCCAGGGUUCUCUGCACACAAAGGUGGUCACUGUUGACUGAGAACAUUCCUGGCCCAAUAAAUACCCAGUUUAGUCUGUCUUUUCUUCCAGUGGUGGCACCUGUACCAGUCUGCAGUGUCAGUGACCGCUCCAGGGCCUUGGCUGGGGGCUGUGCAGCCAUGGUAGCCUGCAGCUUGCCCAGGUACCCCGCUGGCUACCUGCCCAGCAACCACCCCAGCCACUGGACAGCUCCUGCAGGCUUCUGUGAGACCCUGUGGUCAGGGAGGGAAUCCCCUCCUUAUGUUCCCCUCAGUCCCUGCACCUUUUUGAUGUUACUUCUAAACUCCAAAUGGAAUUAUUUUAAAAGCUUAAUAUGAAGAGAAGCAGAUGGGCACAACCCAAAUGCCAGUACUCACACGGACUGCCUUUAUUUUGCAGCUCUGUAGAGUUUUGCUGUGCUGGUGCCUUGAGUCCUGCUUGCAGCUCUGGAUUUCGUAUCUGCAGAAGGACAUAGCGGAGUUAGAGAAGGGCACUAAUGGUAAAUGGGACGGAGCAGCAGCGUGCCAGGUGAGGUGGCUCUGUUUGGAGAGGGAAAGGCAGAGGUGAGGGAGGAUCCAGCCCUGCUGCGAACAGGAGGUGGCAGCACAUGGCCUCUAGAGGUCCCCUGCAGCCCAGAUUCAUUUGUGACUCGGAAAGCUCCAAGGCGGUGCGUGCCGAAGUGCCGGUCACAGAUCCUCACAACUGGGCUCAGCGGGCACUUAGCUCGAAGGAAAUGGGCUCAACACACGGAGUGGCUUCUUACAGAGCAGGUACUAGACUUCAGGUUUGUUGCCCCGGGUUGUUGAGGUGGACGGUGUCAACAAAAGGUUUUGGGGUUGGUUUGGGUUUGUUUUUUGGUUUUUUGGGGGUUUUUUUGAAGGUAAAUUCAGGGAUAACAGGUCCAUAUGGAAAACAGUCACGAUCCGUUGGUGGUGGAUAAGGAGCCGGGAGAAGGGAGCAGAAGGCAGGGACACUGCCAGCCGUGUCUGUGGAACGAGCUGGGGGCUUUCCCACACCGCAGGGCUGGGAGAAGGGGGGGCCUUCAGCUGCUUCCUGCAUGGCUGCAGCUCUUGGGGAAGAGGUGUCAGUGUGGGGAGGGGGCAGCUCAGGGAGGUUAUUUGUCACCAGAUGUCCCCCAGCAGAGCUGGGAAAGCCACUUCAUCCACUCCCAGUUGAAAAGUUGUGCUUUGGGGUUAACCCUUGUGUGGCUGCUGCAGAGGAUCCAUGCUCUCAUGUCAGGAGAAAAAAUACUUCAGAGGCUUAGGGAAGCUGGGUGCUGCAGGGAGCAGCAGAGUGUGUGAGGGUGAGUGGGGAUUGCAGCUGAAGGCUUGAAAACAAGCAGCAGUGCUCUGCAGGAUGUGGCUGCUGUGCCCUGGUGAGUUCCCUGGGCUCGGGGCACUGAGCAAACGCUUGGGUUUGUGACUGCAGUGGUUUUAGCCCAGUGCUCCUGAGGGGGAUGCUGGGCUUCUGGCCUGCACUGCUCUGGGCCCCACUGGAGGUGGGGACCUUGUUGGCACCUUGGGCAGGUGGUGAUGCAAAGCACUUGGGUGCUGUGAAGUUUGUGGGAAGGUCACACAAAUGUGAGGAGUCAAGGACAUCAAUGUUUUCCUGUGGGAAACAAGGAGCCCUGGCAGCGCUCCAGUACGGCCCUGUGUUCCAGCAGUGGGAGCAGCACAGAAGGCAGCCUGCAGCUGAAGGUGAUGGGGGCCAUGCAGGGUGGGGCUGGAUGGGGCAGCUGCUGCACUUGCUCCAGGGAAGAGCAAAAACAAUGGGAUGCUGCCAGGUGCCUCAGCCAGAGAGGUGCCCACAAGCGUCCAGGGUGUGUGCUAGGACAGCUGGGUACAGACACUGCAGAGGUGGCACAUCCGGAGCAGGGACAGGCUUUGUGCCUGAGCCUUGUUGUGUUGGAGCUGCCUGGCACAAGGGAGUUGGGCUGGGUUUGUGCACAGCACCAAGGAAAUGUGUCUGUCUCUUUCUGCAGCCCACCAAGGCUGAGAAAUGCCUGUGUUUGGGACUGGGGAGCAGGAAAGCUCCCUUGGCAGCCAAGGAGAACGGAGUCCUUCCUCUACUGAUGUUUGCUUCCCAGGGCUCGCCAAGCACUGUGGCUUGGCUGGCUCCAGGCAGCACAAGGAGGCCAGGAAGGAAUCUGAGCAGUUUUGGGAGAGCCACAGUGAUGCUGUUAAUUGGGUGCAUUUUGGAAGACAGAGCUCUUCCCCCAAGGCUGGCAGGAGCCAGGGUUGUGCCCAGUGUGGGGCAGUGCAUGACCUGCUCCCGUCAUGUGGCUUUGGGGAGUGGGAAGCAGUGAGAGGACAGUUACCUUCCCAGAGCAAUGCACAGCCAUGGCUGCAGCACACCUGGGACAGCAAACUGCCCCAGUGGCACCUGAAUCUCUCCUGAGGCCCAGCUCCCCUCCUUGCUGUUCCAGCAGCUGGCACAGCUGUGUUCGUGUCCUCGUGCCAACUCCUCUCCUUGUGUGCAUCUGUGAGCGCCUGUGCUGGUGCUGCGAGCAGGGAAGCAGACAGCCUGGGGGGAGAGCACGGGGAAGGGAGAAGCCAGCGUAAUUUAACUGGCAAAGAUGUGCAACACGCCAUGGGCUGGAAGCGGUGAGCCCGAGACCUGGGGAUAUCCUACAGCGACAGAGUGCUGUGCUUGGGGAUGUGCUAGUGAGUGACACCGUGAGCCUGCUCAGCAGCCUGGCUUUGGAAAACUGAGCCCUGGGAUGAGACGGUCAGGGACUGAAAAUACUGUAAAGAUGGCAGGAAGGGCUGGAAGGGAAGGAAGACACACACCCUGCUGAGAAAUGUGGUCUUGAGGGGGACAUUUGAGCCAUGGCAGGAAGAAGCCGGAACCCAAGAGAAGGCUGUCGUGGUGGACUGCACAGUAAGAUGGCACCCUGGAGGGCAGGGAGCAGUGUCCCAGCCAGGCACUCAGCCUGGAAGGGCUGCAGCCUGCAGUGAGGAGCACCGGAGCCAGGGCUGAAGCUGGAACUGCUGGAGAGGCAGUGAGGUCAUGCUGGGUGAAGCCCCUGGCUGCCCAGCGCCUCUCAUGUCGCCUUUCCAGGGGUCUGGAACGGAGCAGCUCCCUGGCAGCCUCUGGGUAAAGCCAAGCCAGAUCUCGGCUGAAAAGCACAACACCAAGACUGGGAAUCCAGGACAACUUUCUUUAUUGCUACCAGAAGGCUUUCAUCAGUACAAUGGCUCUGGAUACGAUACCUUCCUCAGGGCUGUGGAGAGAGCUUACAGUUGGGACAGGGUGUUCUGAGAACAGGGUGUCACAUGGAGAAGACGCGUUACAGGUCUGACUCUUGGUUAGAAGUUACAUGAACACAAAACUCGAGGGUCAGGGUGUUUGUUUUGGUUCUGUGGCUGAUGACGACACGCGUUCCAAACCUCAUGCGUCCGCAGCCGCCCUGGCACCUCACCCAGCAGUGCUGGGAAACAUGCAGGGAGAAGCGGGCUCUGCACAAUUAAAGGGUUACAUUUGAUGGAGAGAACCAA